UUGUAAAGAUAUUGAAGGACUUGGGACUUCAGGACACAUUCUCUAUUGCUGCUGCAAGGGAUCUUCUAUAAAUCUUCAAAAGGCUUGUGGUUAUCAACGACUGAAUCCAAAUGAAUUCCGUGCUGUGAUGGAAAUUUUGUAUUUUGUUUGUGAUGAGGCAGUCUCAUCAGAAGCGUGUAACUGGGGAUCUGAGGCUAUUGUGCCUGAUGAUGGCUGCAGACUUGUUCAUGCAAAGUCAUGUGUUUAUGUUGAUUCUCAUAGUUCCCAUUUUCUCAAAUACAUUGAUGUUUCCAGGCUGCGAUUUGUUCACAGUGACCUCCCUGAAGGAAUAUGUAUGGCCUUGGCCAUUAAAAAGCUUUCAGAUGUGGUUGUUGAGGAACUAGAUACCAGGGAAGAUCUACAGACUUUGCAGUGUAUUCAAUCACUGCAACUAGAAGAAGUAAAACACAGGUUAUUGAGUAAAUCAUUUCAAGCUGCCUUGUGGACCAUCGUUGGUAGCAUUGCAAGUGAAGUUCCUGCUUUCAACCCCGUUCUUCAGAAUGUACAGAGGUCCCUUAAAAUGGUUGCAGAAAAUUUGAAGUUUGUUAAAUGCUUGUACACCAGUUUUUGCUCCUUCCAAAGCGCUUAG